CCAUUAUCAUUCUUACACUCAGAUUCUCAUCUUAAAACGCCUAUGUAUUUUUUUCUUCGAAACUUCUCCUUCUUAGAAAUCUCAUUCACAACAGUCUGUAUCCCCAGACUCCUGUACAGUAUAUCAAGUGGGGACAACACCAUGACUUAUAAUGCCUGCCAAAUAUUUUUUAUUGGACUCUUUGGAGCCACCGAGUUUUUUCUCCUGGCUGCCAUGUCCUAUGACCCCUAUGUGGCCAUCUGCAAACCCCUGCAUUACAUGAGCAUCAUGAACGGCAGAGUCUGCACCAUCCUUAUCCUCUGCUGCUGGACCUCUGGGUUGAUGAUCAUCAUCACACCACUCAGUGUGGGCCUCCAGCUGGAAUUCUGUGACUCCAACGCCAUUGAUCAUUUUGGCUGUGAUGCAUCUCCUCUCUUUAAGAUCUCAUGUUCAGAUACAUGGCUCAUAGAACAGAUGGUUAUAAUCUGUGCAGUCGUGACAUUCAUCAUUACACUGAUAGGUGUUGUUCGUUCAUACAGAUGUAUCAUCAGGACAAUUCUCAGAUUUCCUUCUGCUUCACAAAGACAGAAGGCUUUCUCCACGUGUUCUUCUCACAUGAUUGUUGUUUCCAUUACCUACGGCAGCUGUAUUUUUAUCUAUAUCAAGCCUUCAGCCAAAGAAGAGGUGGACAUUAACAAAGGAGCAUCUGUGCUCACUACAUCUAUUGCUCCAUUGUUGAAUCCCUUUAUUUAUACUUUGAGGAACAAGCAAGUGAAACAAGCUUUCAAUGACACAAUCAAAAAAAUUGCAUCUAUCCUACACAAGUAAGAGCAAGCUAAAUUUAAAUAAUCAAAUGAAAAUGACGGAUUUAUUACUCAACAUUUUUUUUCUGAAAAUCCUAACUAGUUCAGUAAGAUUAACCUUCUUAUGAAUCCUUCAAAUCUUGAUUUGUGAAACUACAUGGAACAAAUUCUCUCCCUCUCAACCACAAUUAUAAAUAUAAAGAGACACUGUCAACAUC